AUGUCGCUUGUGCAACACGUCUCCGUCAUCGAUGGUGUUGAUCGCGAAGCAGAACCAGACGUAGCAGAAGACUUUGUCCCCAUCCGCCGAAAAAUCAGCUACGAUGUUCUGCAGCCACCAACAGAAGCCAUCCCGGUCGCAGAGCUGCGCCCUGGAACACCGGCGUACAAGCAUUCACCUGCGAAGAGAAUAGCGCAGGUCGUGGUGACCGUGCUCGCGUGCUGGCUCGCGUCGGGUAUCGUGUUUGGUUUCGCGGCUCUGAAACCAGUCCUCGUCGAGGAGGGCGUUUAUCACGAGCGCUGUACACCAGCCGAAAUAGACGAAGGUCUUGAACUGUGUUCUCAGCAAGAUCUCAGACUCAACCUCUUUUUCACUAUUGCUUCCAUCACCGCCAAUGUAUCAGCCUUGCCAGUUGGAACAAUCCUGGAUCGCUGCGGCUCCCGGCUAUGCUGGGUAAUUGGAUCCAUUUUGCUCGCCAUCGGCGGCGCCGUCAUGGGCUUCGCGUUCCACAUCCCCAGCUUUGACGGGUACAUCCCGGGAAAUUUCUUCCUCGCGCUGGCUGGGACAUUCAUCUUCGUGCCAUCCUUCCAAAUCGCAAAUGCAUUCCCUAAAUACGCGGGGACGAUUGUCGCGUUGGUGACCGGUGCAUUUGACGCGUCGGCUGCCGUCUUCCUUUUUUACCGACUCAGCUACGAGGCUUCGGCGAGAAGAUUCACUCCAGACAAAUUCUUCUUAGGCUAUCUCAUCGUGCCGCUCUGCAUUCUUAUCGCGGUGGUGACAGUAAUGCCCGCGAUGGAUUACGUGUCAACAUUGCAAUUAGAAAACAGAAUCGAAAAGGCGGAAGAUGCCACACGCGACGUGCACGACUCAGACGACGAGAUUGAGAGUACAGCCGAGCUUACCAAACUCCGACGAAAGCGCGCAGAACAGCGCAAGAAGAAGAUCCGCCAGAUUAACGCCAUCCUGGGUGAUAAAGACGAGCGUCAACUGCGCGCCGACCGGGAAGAAAAUCGCCAACAGAUUUCUUCGGUCUGGGGUGUUUUGCACGGCCUGCCGGCGCACAAGCAGAUGGCCACGCCGUGGUUCAUUCUCAUUACAUUGAUGACGGUUCUACAGAUGAUCCGCAUGAAUUACUUCAUUGCGACUAUCCGCUCGCAAUAUGAAUAUAUGCUCGGGUCAAUUGUUGAAGCGGAUAGAAUUGGAAGCUUCUUUGAUGUUGCAUUGCCGGUUGGUGGUGUUCUUUUCACGCCUGCUAUUGGCUUCUUGCUCGACCGUCUUAGUGUGCCGGCAAUGCUGGGCCUCAUUGUUCUUUUCACUACUGUCAUUGGAGUUUUGAAUUCCAUUCCGGCUGUUUGGGCUGGCGAUUAUACAACCAAAGUCUUCGGCUUCGCCACAUUCGGCCGUGUCUACGGUGCCAUCAUCUGUCUAUCGGGACUAUCAAAUUUCUCCCAGUACGGCCUGGAUGCAUUGACGCAUCGCAACUUUGACGGAAAUCCAAUUCCAAUCAAUGCUUCCUUGGCCGUUGCGGGGUUUAUCGUGGGCCUGGCACUCGUAAUAUUUGUUCUCGUGGCUGCGAGACGGCUAAGAGCGCAGGACCACGCGGAUGACGAGGAACGGGAGAGACUUCUCCUGGCCUUGGACGAGGAGGAGGAAUACGAGAGUGAUGAGGAGCAUCGGUGA